AUGCAUACACCUAGACUCCUUGUCAUUACAUUGGAAAUGGAUUUCUAUAUUCAGUCUGAUUAUCUAAGGAGAAUAUCCUUGAAGAUGCUUACUAUGGAGAAACAGUCUGAGAAUACCAUACCCAACACUGGGAAUAACAGCAAGGCCCCUGAUCCAGGUUCUGAGGGCAUGCAAAACCAAGUUCACAGUCAAGGGCAAUCAAUUCCUAUCCCAUUACAAAGUAAUCAGUCUCAAGCACAUCAACAACUGUUACCCCAGAGUGUUCCAAAUAACAUGUCAUCUGCUGGAGUUCAAAGUUCUACUGGUUUACAAUCUGGGAUGCCUUCUGUGUCUGGUCCAACCCAGAAUUCUAUACCUAAUGUUGUUGGCCAGAAUUCCAACAUGCAAAACUUGUCUGAAAUUUCACAGAACUCACUGGGGCAAGGGAUAUCUUCCAAUAUUUGUACUAAUCAUCAGAGGCAAAUGCAAGGAAGGCAACAGGUGCUACCGCAACAGCAGCAGCACCUUUGCUUGCAGGGUUCGAAAUUACCUGCACCUGACACACCUGGUAAUGGUAUGUCAACAUCACCUUUGCUUGCAGGGUUCGAAAAUGCUAAUGAUACUCACAGUAAUGCUUUAACAACUGAUUUUGGCGAGUCGAAGGAUACAGAAGAGCCACAUGUUCCCAGAGUUACCAUGUUUCAGGCAAAACCCAUGUCACUUAAAUCAUUGGAGGCAUCUGUUGUCGUCAUGGUUGAGGAGGCAGCCACUGCCGUUGGUGUGGAUAUGGCCGUCUUGAGCAAGGGUGGUCUGCAUCGAAGAAAUUUCCUUCCACAAACUGGAAUGACUGGAGCCGAGAAAAUGAGAUUCUACAUGAGUGCACUGGCUAUAUUAGCUCUAAUGUUUUGGUUCAUUAUAAUAGCAUCUGCAUGAGCAGUAGCAAACAAAUUUCCAAAGCUUUUAAUAUUUGGUUAAAGGAGGAAAGACGCAUUGGUUAUGGCAUGGAUUUCUCUCCUAAUAAGUCAUGACUAUUGACUGAUGAUACUAUUACGACAAAUUGUUGACAGGUGUUUGCUUAUUUAAAGGUUUUUGAACUUGUUUACAUUCCUAUCAAAUAUAUUAGGAGAUGCAUGCAUCAAAGUUCAUGCCGUUUAAGCCUCAGUGCAUGCAGUUUCUGACCAAUCUAGCCAUGUAAUAACACUAAUUAUCUAACUAAACACAUAAUUUGACCCUAGCUUUUUUUAUCAAGUGACAAGGGUGUUUAGGGUUUUAUGUUUGGGUCGAUCUAAGGUUAUUCAAUGCCUUUAGGUGAAGAGCCAUCUAGAUUAGAAAUACCUAGAUGUAAUAAGGGAUAAUGAUCACUUUU